CAGGUUUAGUGUGGUCGGCUACAAUAUUAGUAUUCGGGCUGACGGCUCAUGCGCGAGGCUAAUCUUCCUGAUGGAGUCUAACUAUAUAGGUGCUGGAGCUAUACUGGCUGUUACGAGGCUAUAUAAGGCUUGCAAGGCCCGCGGCCCGCCGUAGUGUGAACGUGGCAGCGCUCCUAACCCACGGUCCGCUGCGCGAAUAAACGAUCGCACGAAAGCAAUCAAAUCAAUUACCUACUUUAUUUUGUUGCAAAUUACCGAGGUGAAGGCUGUGUUUUUGUUUGAAAUCUUGUUUUUGUGAGGAAUUAUACUAGAAACCAUGGAGGCGGGUGAUUUCAAAGAUUUCGCUAAGGCGAUGACUGACUACAUCGCCGAGUACUUGGAGAACAUAAGGGACAGGCAAGUGGUGCCAUCAGUGAAGCCCGGCUACCUGCGGCCGCUCGUCCCUGAACAGGCCCCCGAGCAGCCUGAGCCGUGGACCGCCGUGAUGGCAGACAUCGAGCGAGUCGUCAUGACCGGCGUCACCCACUGGCACUCGCCGCGCUUCCACGCCUACUUCCCCACUGCGAACUCCUACCCUGCCAUUGUGGCUGAUAUGCUGAGUGGCGCUAUCGCCUGCAUCGGAUUUACUUGGAUCGCUAGUCCCGCAUGUACCGAGCUGGAAGUAGUCAUGUUAGACUGGCUGGGCCAGAUGUUGGGUCUGCCGGAGGAGUUCUUGGCGCGCUCGGGCGGUGAGGCCGGCGGCGUGAUCCAGGGAACUGCCAGCGAGGCUACCCUCGUGGCUCUCCUCGGGGCCAAGUCCAGAGUUAUGCAUAGAGUUCGCGAGCAACAUCCAGACUGGACCGACUCGGAUAUACUUUCCAAGCUUGUGGGAUAUUGCAAUAAGCAAGCGCACUCAUCGGUGGAGCGCGCCGGACUCCUCGGCGGAGUGAAGUUGCGCUCCCUGCAGCCGGACGGCAAGCGGCGGCUCCGCGCCGACAUCCUCCGCGACGCAAUCAGGGAAGACAAGGCCAAAGGACUUAUACCCUUCUACGUUGUGGCAACCCUUGGCACAACGUCGUCUUGCACCUUCGAUGCGCUUGAUGAGAUCGGUGACGUUUGUGCGGAGGACGACAACCUCUGGCUCCACGUCGACGCUGCGUACGCCGGUUCUGCGUUCAUCUGCCCCGAAUACCGUUACCUGAUGAAGGGUGUCGAGAAGGCUGACUCCUUCAACUUCAACCCGCACAAGUGGAUGUUGGUUAACUUUGACUGCUCAGCCAUGUGGCUCAAGCAGCCGCGCUGGAUCGUCGACGCUUUCAACGUGGACCCUCUGUACCUGAAACAUGACCAGCAGGGAUCCGCUCCCGACUACCGCCACUGGCAAAUUCCCUUGGGCCGUCGAUUCAGAGCCCUCAAGCUCUGGUUCGUUUUGAGACUAUACGGAGUAGAGAACCUUCAAAAACACAUUAGGAAGCAUAUCGCGUUAGCACAUCUUUUCGAAAAGCUGUGCUUGGAAGACGAGAGAUUUGAGAUAGUUGAAGAGGUGACGAUGGGUUUGGUUUGUUUCAAAUUAAAGGAGAGUAAUGAGGUUAACGAGGAGCUGCUGAGAAUGAUUAACGGACGGGGCAGAAUUCACCUCGUGCCGUCGAAGAUCGAUGAUGUGUACUUCUUGAGGCUUGCUGUCUGCUCACGUUUCACCGAGGAGAAGGACAUCCAGGAGUCGUGGGAGGAAGUGAAGGCUUCAGCCGAUGAAAUCCUUAAGAAACUUAAAAAGUAGACAAACGACAUCGCAAAAGUGUUUAAGGCAGGUGCUGAGCAUUUACCCGAUCAAGCUCUAAAUACCAAGUAUAUGUUAUAUCAAUAGAGUAAGUUUUUGAAAACAUGGAGUUCCACUGAGCAGAGUAGUCAAAACAUUGAAAUCAGGAUGAA